CCUGCGCUGCGCGGCGUCAUGUGACGGAGCGGCCGAAGAAGAUGGCGCAGCGGCGGACACGCUGUGUCACACGGUGAAGGAGUCCGCUUCUCCGAGCGGCGCGCACAGCGACACAGCGCUCCUCUUCUUCUCCUUUAUUUAUUUAUUUAUUUAUUUACUGUUUACUCCUCCGGAGGAGCGAGAGCGACGCGGGUCCUGCGAGUUAUCACGUCCGAGGAGAGCAGCGCGUUCCGGGGCUGCGCCGCGGCUACCGCCAGAAAAAGCGCUUCGCAGGAAUCCGCCGGAGCGCAGGGAUUAAUACGUACUGUACAAAAAGUGUGUGUUGGCUGUUCGAUCGGGAGAGGCUGACGCUGCGCCGUUGAGACGCACACACACACACACACACACACACACACACACACACACACACAGACAGAGCGACGCACGCACACACACAGACUGAGUACUAGUGAGGCGCAGACCACGGUCGUCAGUUUGGCCAGCGGAGGGAUGCUGAUGAUGCUGAAGAAGAUCCGAGGCACCACCACCACCAGCGAGUGAGAAAGACGCACUUUGGGCUCUCUUCCUCCUCCCCCCCCCCCCCAACCCACGCUCCCCUCCCUUCCCGUUCCGUGCGCUGGGAUGCGGCCGGCGCUCCGCUGCGGGUAGGAGAGCCGCUAACUUUGACUCGUUGAUGCGGGACUGAAGAGAGGGAGCGAAGCGGGAACCCGCACCGCCAGCAUCAUGUGGACCCCCACGGAGGAGGAGAAGAUCGGAGUGGUGAUCUGUAACUUCCGAGGCUCCCUGUCUCAAGGCCUGACGCUGGAGAUCGGAGAGACCGUCCAGAUCCUCGAGAAGUGUGAAGGAUGGUACAGAGGUUUCUCAACAAGGAAGCCCACAGUGAAGGGGAUCUUCCCAGCAAACUAUGUUCACUUGAAGAAGGCAGUUAUAACCAAUCGAGGGCAGUACGAGACUGUGGUACCUCUGGAAGACCCCAUCGUCACGGAGGUUACCACAACGCUGCAAGAAUGGGCUGUCCUCUGGAAACAGCUCUACGUGAAGCACAAAGUGGACCUCUUCUACAAGCUGCGUCACGUGAUGAAUGAGCUGAUCGACCUGCGGCGGCAGAUGCUCUCUGGUCACUUGACGCAGGAUCAGAUCCGUGACGUCAAAAGGCACAUCACCGUCCGGUUGGACUGGGGCAACGAGCACCUGGGCUUAGACCUUGUACCCAGGAAGGACUUUGAGAUGGUGGACCCUGAUCAAAUCAGUGUUUCUGACCUCUACAAAAUGCAUUUGUCCAGCCGGCACAGUGUUCAGCAAAGCACAUCCCAGGGUGACAGUAUUCGCCAGCGUCAUGGCGAGGCCUGCCGUGUCCCGGUUCCGCACCACCUGUUUGUCAGCCUCAAGAGUUUUACUUACAACUCCAUCGGCGAGGAUACAGACAUCUUCUUCUCCCUGUAUGAUAUGCGCGAGGGUAAACAGAUCAGCGAGAAGUUCAUGGUCAGACUAAACAAGAAUGGAGGCCCUAGGAAUCCGGAAAAGGUUGACCGUCUCUGCGCCCUUUUCACGGAUUUGAGCAACAAGGACAUGAAGAGGGAUCUGUAUAUUGUUUCACAUGUCAUCAGAACCGGUCGGAUGCUCCUGAACGAUUCGAAGAAGGGCCCUCCUCAUGUCCAGUACAGGCGCCCGUAUGGCUGUGCGGUGCUCGCCAUGAGCGACGUGCUUCAGACGAUAUCUGAACUCAAGGAGGAGAAAGACUUUGUGCUGAAAGUCUAUACCUGUAACAAUGAAAAUGAAUGGUAUCAGAUCCAUGAGAACAUCAUCCGCAAAUCCAGCACCAAGUACACGGCUCCAAGUACCAACUAUGGACUAAUCAUCUCCCUCCAGCUGCUGCGAGGGGACAUGGAACAGAUCCGCAGGGAGAACCCGAUGAUAUUCAAUCGCGGAGUUGCAAUUACCCGCAAGCUGGGCUUCCCUGACGUCAUCAUGCCAGGUGACAUUCGCAAUGACCUGUACCUGACCCUGGAGCGAGGGGACUUUGAGAGGGGCGGAAAGAGCGUCCAGAAAAACAUCGAGGUCACCGUCUAUGUGCUGUAUGCCGAUGGAGAGGUACUGAAAGACUGCAUCAGCCUUGGCUCUGGGGAGGCCUGCAUCAGUGAGUACCGCUCCUUUGUGCUGUACCACAACAACGGCCCCCGCUGGAGCGAGGUGGUCAAGUUGCCCAUCCCCAUCGACCGCUUCCGGGGCUCCCAUCUGCGCUUCGAGUUCCGCCACUGCUCCACCAAGGACAAGGGGGAGAAGAAGCUGUUUGGAUUUUCCUUCACUCCGCUCAUGAGGGAGGACGGGACCACCCUGUCAGAUGAGACCCACGAGCUGUAUGUCUACAAGUGUGAUGAAAAUACCACCUUCAGUAACCACGCUCUGUACCUGGGCCUCCCCUGCUGCAAGGAUGACUUCAAUGGCUGCCCCAACAUUCCCUCCAGCCUCAUUUUCCAGCGCAGCACCAAGGAGACACUCUGGAUUUCCACGCAGCUUUCGUCCACCAAACUCACACAGAAUGUGGACCUGCUUGCCUUGCUAAAGUGGAAAGCUCACCCUGACCGGGUGAUGGACAUCUUGGGCCGACUCCGCCAUGUCAGUGGAGAAGAAAUCGUCAAGUUUCUUCAAGACAUCCUAGACACCCUGUUUUCCAUUUUGGAUGACAACACUGACAAAUAUGGCCCAUUGGUUUUCCAGUCACUGGUGUUCAUCAUUAAUUUGCUCCGAGACAGCAAGUACUAUCACUUUCGGCCUGUCAUGGACACCUACAUUCAGAAGCAUUUUGCUGGGGCCCUGGCAUAUAAGGAGCUGAUCCGUUGUCUGAAGUGGUAUAUGGACCGCUCAGCCGAGGUCGUCCGCCAAGACCACAUCCAGGAGGCCAUGAGGGCUCUGGAAUACCUGUUCAAGUUCAUUGUCCAGUCCCGCAUCUUGUACUCCCGGGCCACCUGCGGUAUGGAGGAGGACCAGUUCCGCACCAGCAUCCAGGAGCUCUUCCAGUCCAUCCGCUUCGUGCUGAGCCUGGACAGCCGCAGCUCGGAAACGCUAAUCUUCACCCAGGCUCCUCAGCCUCCUGCUGGACAAGCCAGUGGUGCGGUCAGCUGUACGCAGCCUUGGAGCUCCAAUGCUCCUCGGCCUUCUCCGCUCUCAGCGGCGCUGUUGAACUCCUUUCCGGCCAUCUUUGACGAGCUGCUGCAGAUGUUCACCGUGCAAGAAGUGGCGGAAUUCGUCCGGGGCACCCUGGGCAGCAUGCCGAGCACAGUGCACAUCGGCCAGUCCAUGGACGUGGUCAAGCUGCAGUCCAUCGCCCGCACUGUGGACAGCAGGCUCUUCUCCUUCCCAGAAUCACGCAGGAUCCUGCUCCCCGUGGUCCUGCACCACAUCCACCUGCACCUGCGGCAGCAGAAGGAGCUGCUCAUUUGCUCCGGAAUCCUUAGCAGCAUCUUCUCCAUCAUCAAGGCCAGCUCUCUGGAGACGUCAGUGCAGGAGGAGGUGGAGAUGAUGGUGGAGAGCCUCCUAGACGUCCUUCUCCAGACACUGCUUGCCAUCAUGAGCAAGUCUCAGUCCCAGGAGGCGGUAAGAGGCCAGCGCUGCCCGCAGUGCACGGCUGAGAUCACUGGAGAGUAUGUGUCUUGCCUCCUGUCUCUGCUGCGUCAGAUGUCGGACAUCCAUUUCCAGCAUCUGCUGGACAACUUCCAGAGCAAGGAGGAACUCAAGGAGUUCCUGCUGAAGAUCUUCUGCGUGUUUCGCAAUCUGAUGAAGCUGAGCAUUUUCCCCAGGGACUGGAACGUGAUGAGGCUCCUUACCAGCAAUAUCAUCGUGACGACGGCCCAGUAUCUGUCCCCGGCUUUGCACAAAAACUUCACCGAGGCAGACUUUGACUUCAAGGUGUGGAACUCCUAUUUCAGCCUGGCAAUUCUCUUCAUUAACCAGCCCAGCUUGCAGCUGGAGAACCUCACACCUGCCAAAAGGAAGAAAGUUCUGGACAAAUACGGCGACAUGAGGGUGAUGAUGGCGUAUGAGCUCUUCAGCAUGUGGCAGAACCUCGGAGAGAACAAGAUCCACUUCAUCCCUGGUAUGAUAGGACCAUUCCUGGGUGUCACUCUGGUGCCACAGGUGGAGGUGCGCAACAUCAUGAUCCCCAUCUUCCAUGAUAUGAUGGACUGGGAGCAGCGCAAGAAUGGCAAUUUCAAGCAGGUGGAAGCAGAGCUCAUCGACAAGCUGGACAGCCUGGUGUCUGAGGGGAAAGGGGAUGAGAACUACCGUGAGCUCUUCAGUCUGCUAACCCAACUCUUUGGGCCUUAUCCCAGUCUCCUUGAGAAGAUCGAGCAGGAGACCUGGCGAGAGACGGGCAUCUCCUUCGUCACCUCUGUCACUCGUCUCAUGGAACGUCUGCUCGACUACAGGGACUGCAUGAAAGGGGAUGAGACAGAAAAUAAGAAGAUUGGCUGCACUGUGAACCUGCUGAACUUCUACAAGUCAGAGAUUAAUAAAGAGGAGAUGUACAUUCGCUACAUCCACAAGCUGUGCGACAUGCACCUGCAGGCAGAGAACUACACAGAGGCUGCGUUCACACUGCUGCUGUACUGGGAGCUGCUGCACUGGGAGGAGCGGCCGCUUAGGGAGUUCCUGCACUACCCGGCCCAGAGCGAGUGGCAUCGCAAGGAGGGUCUGUGUCGCAAGGUCAUCCACUACUUCAACAAGGGCAAGUGUUGGGAGUAUGGGAUUCCCCUGUGUCGGGAAUUAGCAUUCCAAUAUGAAGCCCUGUAUGAUUAUCAAAGCCUCAGCUGGAUACGGAAAAUGGAAGCAGCUUAUUACGACAACAUCAUGGAGCAGCAGAGACUUGAACCAGAGUUCUUCAGAGUGGGGUUUUAUGGAAGAAAAUUCCCUUUCUUCCUCAGGAACAAGGAGUUUGUUUGCCGGGGGCAUGAUUAUGAGAGGCUCGAAGCCUUUCAGCAGAGAAUGCUGGGUGAAUUCCCACAAGCCAUCGCCAUGCAACAUCCCAAUCAGCCUGAUGAGUCCAUUUUGCAAAGUGAUGCCCAGUACCUUCAGAUCUACGCCGUAACGCCAGUGCCUGAGAGUGCGGAUGUUCUGCAGCUGGACCGUGUGCCGGACCGCAUCAAAAGCUUUUACCGUGUCAACAAUGUGCGCCGCUUCCGCUACGACCGCCCCUUCCAUAAGGUCCCUAAAGACAGAGAGAACGAGUUCAAGAGCUUGUGGAUUGAGAGGACCACACUGAUUCUUACACAUCCUCUGCCUGGUAUCUCCCGCUGGUUUGAGGUGGAGAAGAGAGAGCUGGUGGAAGUGAGCCCACUGGAGAACGCUAUCUCUGUGGUGGAGAAUAAGAACCAAGAGCUACGCACCCUCAUCAGUCAGUAUCAGCACAAGCAGCUGCACGGGAACAUCAACCUGCUCAGCAUGUGUCUCAACGGGGUCAUUGAUGCUGCGGUCAAUGGCGGAAUCGCCAGAUAUCAAGAGGCAUUUUUCGAUAAGGAAUACAUUAGCAGUCACCCAGAGGACACGGAGAAGAUCACCCAGCUGAAAGACCUCAUGCAGGAACAGGUUCACAUCUUGGGAGUGGGUCUGGCUGUCCAUGAAAAAUUGGUGCACCCAGAAAUGCGUCCGCUUCACAAAAAGCUCAUAGAUCAGUUCCAGAUGAUGAGAAGCAGCCUGUGCCAUUGUUUCUACGUGGCCCUGCAGGGGCUCCCUGCCUUCGACAAAAUGGGCUCAGCCUGCUCUGGAAACAGUAACCCCCGGGGCAUCCUGGCCUCCCACAGUCCCAUGAGUCCCGAGAGCAUCAAACUGAUGCACAGGCACAGCCCACUGAACCUGCUGGGCUCUGUCCGCCACUCCACGUCCUCACUAUCCUCUCACACCUCCAGCGAGACGGGCAACCUGGUCAUUCUGACAGACGGCAUGGUGGUGGAGCACCCGGAGGACAUCUACAGGAUGCAGCCCAGCCCUUCCUCCUCCAGCCUGAGUUCCACUCACUCUGCCCCCUCCCAGAUGAUGAACUCCACCCCAUCUAGCACCAGAGGCUCCCCAUCGCUGCCAGACAAAUACAGGCACAACAGGGAGAUGCUGAUGCUGCUGCCGCCACACCGGGAAAGGCCCAGCAGCGCUAUGUAUCCCACCAUGACUGAAAAUGGACAGCCAGCCAACCUCCAGCGCGCACUCUUCCACCAGGUGAUAGGGCCUUGCAAGCCGUGCAGCGAUCCCAAUCUCUCAGUGGCCGAGAAAGUUCUCGCAGCUCCGAGCAGCUGGAGUUUGGACAGCGGAACCAGGGAAGCACUGCCCUUCCUCUCUGCCCAUGUGGGGAGUGUGAUGGUGCCGCCGGUCCCACCCCGCACUCUACCCCCUGGACACUUCUCGAUGCACUUUGAUGCUUUCCACCACCAGAUCAGCGACCUCCCUCCAGCUCUCCCCGCGCGCUCUUUACGGAAGUCUCCUCUCCACCCCAUACCUGCCUCGCCCACCAGCCCACAGUCCGGCCUGGAUGGCAGUAACUCCACACUGUCGGGCAGUGCCAGCAGCGGCGUGUCCUCUUUGAGCGAGAGCAAUUUCGGCCAGUCCUCCGAACCGCCUGCCCGCACCGAUACUCUGGACUCCAUGCCCAGCCAGGCCUGGACUACAGACGAGGAUGUGGAGUCACCGUAUCUGCCCGUCCGCUACAGCGUGUCCGAGCCUGACGUCCUCGACUCCAUCAAGCCUCCGCCAUGCCGCAGUCACUCAGCCCCUGGUGGAGUGGUGCCCUCCCCCCAGGAAGGUCACCUCCACCACCAUGUCCACGCACACUACCACCAUGAUCCACCCCCAGCCCUGCCCCCCAAGCCCUACCUGCGAGAGGGCUGCAUCCCUGAAGAGGACCUCCGGCCUAUACCCCGGCCCAUGCCCAUGCCACGCAAGAUCUCCCAGCCGCUGCUCAGCAACAAGGAGGAGCAGGCCAAGGUGGCCUGGGAGCAUGGCAUCAGUGAGGAGUAGAGGGGCCACAGGGAAGGGGGAAAAGCUUGCAGGCAUAACGGUUCUGGAGACAGGUUAGGGAAAUGGAUAAGCCCAAAGGGAUGUGACAGGAGAGGUGGGUUUACAUCCAGUCCUCCAACAUGUUUUCUGGUAUUUUCAAAGUGCUCAUCACAUUCCAAUCUUUCCGACAUGUAAACACAUCUGAAAAUAUCUUUAUUCAUGCAGACAGUGGGCCAAAAUUGCCAUUGUCACAUUUCUGUCACCUUUUUUACCCUGCCUGUUUGUGUAUGCGAAACAGGAGGAGAUCUUGCGGUGUAGAAAGAGCUCAGCAUCUGGGGUGAGGAUGUACUGUAUUUCAGCAUCGGUCACUGGUUUCCUUUUUGGUCAUCUUGUUAAUAGGUUUGGCGUAACAUGUCUGAGAUAAAUUUCAGCGUUUUGGUGCAGUGUUAUGAGUGGGUUGUUCAGAUGCAGUUGAACACCUAAGCGUUAUGUCCUUUGCUAACACAGAAUCAAGGUGUUUGAAUGUCAUUCUUUUGUGACACCUGGUUCUCUUUCUUUAAUUGCUUGUAUAAGCUUUGAAUAUCAAAGCCAUUGUUAUCUUUACUACACUGAAUGCACUGGCAUCCUACAUCUAUUUUUUAAUUUGAAAUUAAACACAAUAGUGAUGUUAGAAGAAGACCUUAGUCAUAACCUAGCUAUAAUUUACUCAGUUUUGUUAAUAAUUUAAAAAGCCCGUAAGCACUUCCUUCUAUAUCUCCAAACAUGUCUUGUCCAUAUAUACUUUAAAUAUUAAACGAAAAGCAAAAGAAGCGGGUGGCUAUUUUUUCAAAGAUUUCGAAUGCUGCAAAACAAUAAAAGUACACAUGGCUGUCUUUGUGACUUCAUCCAAAACUUUGUGGGUUUCAGUUACAUUUAAGUUGUAGUGUUUAAGUUGCAUUUGAAUUAUUUUUUUCUUGUAACAACAACACACAAGUACUAAAACAACUGCAGGUUGGUGAAUU